AACUCCGUACACCAACUCCCUCCUCUCUCUUUCUCUCUCUCUCUCUCUCUCUUCCAACGGUCAUAUUUCACCGACAGCCUCCAACGGUCACAUCCUCCUCUGUUUUUCACCGUUCGAUAACAAUCACACGGCAAACAAAUCCUGUUCCCUUAAGACUCUUCUUGAACUUCCUUUUCACUCUGCCAUCAUUUUUUUCAAUGCUGGUAAAUCAAAUCAGUCACUGAACCCAGAAGACCAAAAAAAAAAAAAGAAGAAGAAGAAGAAGAAGAAGAAGAAGAAGGGAGACCCAGAGAAAAGCAGUGAUCGUGACAGCCAUGGAAGUGGUAGUAGUAGAGUAGGAAAGGCGGUGGAGUAGUGAGGGAAAAAAUUGAGAAGGAAAAAAAAAAAAAAAAAAAAGGGUCAGUAUAUAAAGCACAGUUCUUGUUUGAUUUUUGGUUUCUUUGGGCAGUGAGUGAGUUUCUGAGGGAGGUUUUUUAUUUGUCUGUUUGUUGUUGAUUAUCGAUUUGGUUUUCUUUGCAUGCAAGUUUGAAAAGGGUUUUCGUUUUUCUGGACCUGGGUUUAUCCGGGUUUUGCUUCGGAUUCAAGUUUUCAGCCAUGGUGGACUUGAUGGAUUCUUCUUUUGCCGGUUUGGGUCUGAAAAUUGCUGGGUGUUUCAGCUUCCAGUUUGAGCAUGUACAUUUCUAUACUUCCAUUCGUUGUGUUAGCUCCUUUGUGAAGAAAAAUCAUAGCCUUUUCCAAUGAAUUUCUUUUGAAUAUUUCGGAAUCCGAUGAUCUUACUAUUGUAGGUCUAUUAGUUUCCAAAUUCUUUCAUUCUUUUGGGGGUGGGGUUUGCAUAUUCUGUUCUUUCUUUGCACGCAUAUAGGAACACACACAAGCUUGUAAACCUAUUUUAUUUUAUUUUUUUCUUUUGAUUUGUUUCUCCAUUAUUCAUCGGAUUCCUAUUGUUUGUUUGUUUAUUUAUUUAUUUUUUUUCACACACUCACAAAAUAGUCUAUCUCUCUGGGUUUCUCUCUUCAAAUUUUCAUUCAAAAGGUUUUAUAGAAAUAAAGAAUUUUAAUACAAAAUAACAAACACUACAGAUUUUAUCAUCAUCCAAAAGCUGUAGAAAAAAAGAGAAAGAACUAGGGAGAGAAAAGAUAAAGCUAGCAAAAACAGGGUGGGUGAAUUGUAGUUCAAUUAAAAAACAAAAGAAAGAAAAUUGGAAGGUUAUAGAGAGAAAUGUUGGCUGGGUGUUCUAGUUCCACAUUGCUAUCGCCAAGGCAUAGAUUGAGGAGUGAAGCACCCGCACAGUUCCAAGCUUGCCAUUUCCAGUUGCCUUCAAUGAGCACACAGAGAUUGGACUUGCCAUGUGGUUUUCCUCGGAAAGACACCGCCCGGUCACAAUCCAUUAGGCCGGUAGGACUUUCGGUGGAGAAACCUAUCGAAUCAAAGACCAGCAGUUGUUCCCUGAAGCAGAAUAUCCGGCUGCCACCAUUGGCAACAACAGCGCCGCCACCGAGUCCUCAGACAGCAUUCGCCGAAGCAAGGAAGGAGAUCAAGGAGGAGUUUUGGGAGAGAGGAAAGAGUUUGAAGAGGUUUGCAGAGCAGGUGGACGAGUCCUUCAUAAACAGAGCCAAGAGGAAAAGGGGUAGCAGUGAUAAUGGAAAAGCCAACGAUGAUGAUUUUCAUAAAGGGGGUGAUAGUUUGAGUUUAGGCCAAUUGGGUGCUGGGAAUUUUUGGUUUCAGCCUGGUUUUAACCCUCCUCAAGUUCCUUUCUCUUUGACAUGUUCAGGGGAUGAAGAGAGGGUCUGUUUGGUUCCUGGGGAAGUGAUUUCUCCUCCAUUGCCAUUGUCAAACAAUCCUUGGGUGGAAUCAGUUGUUACUGAGAUCACUGAUCUGGGUGAGAAGGUUGGUGAGACAAGCCACAGGCAGGUAAAGGAAGCUUCUCCAUCCAGUUCGUCCUCCGAAAGCCAAAACUUGGCCUUGAGGCUCAGUGAAGCAGUCCCUGAACAUGAAGUGGGUAAUGGGUCUACGCAUCCUUACGACCCACAUGGAGGUUCUGGAGUAGAGGCAGGGGAGGAGGACAUCCCUGUAGACCAUCAAGGGAUUGAGCUUGUAAGUUUGCUAACAUCAUGUUUGGAAGCAAUUGGGUCGAAGAAUAUUCCGUUGGUUAACCAUUUUAUAGCUAAACUGGGGGAGCUUGCUUCUCCUAGAGGAGGAACACCUUUGAGCAGGCUUAUUGCUUACUAUACUGAAGCUUUAGCUCUGCGAGUCACCAGGCUUUGGCCUCAUAUUUUUCACAUUACAACUCCUCGGGAGUUUGAUCGAAUGGAUGAUGAUUCUGGCUCUGCAUUGAGGCUUCUAAACCAGGUGAGCCCAAUUCUAAAGUUUCUUCAUUUCACUUCGAAUGAGAUAUUGCUGAGAGCUUUUGAAGGGAAAGACAGGGUUCACAUUAUAGAUUUCGACAUUAAGCAAGGAUUGCAAUGGCCUAGUUUGUUCCAGAGUUUAGCUUCUAGGACUAAUCCUCCAAGCCAUGUUAGAAUCACUGGCAUAGGUGAGUCCAAGCAAGAGCUAAACGAAACAGGAGAUAGACUAGCCGGAUUUGCUGAGGCACUAAACCUGCCUUUCGAGUUCCACCCGGUUGUGGACAGAUUGGAAGAUGUGAGGCUUUGGAUGCUUCAUGUCAAGGAGCACGAGAGUGUUGCUGUGAAUUGUGUUUUCCAACUGCACAAGACUCUUUAUGAUGGGAAUGGAGGAAGCCUGAGGGAUUUUUUGGGACUGAUUCGAAGCACGAACCCCACUAUAGUUCUUAUGGCAGAACAAGAAGCAGAACACAACGACCCCAGGUUGGAAGCAAGAGUUUCCAACUCGUUGAAAUACUAUUCUGCCAUAUUUGAUUCCAUUGAUUUAAGCCUUCCAUUGGAUAGUCCAGCCAGGAUCAAAGUAGAGGAGAUGUUUGCGAGGGAGAUAAGGAAUAUUGUUGCCUGCGAAGGAAGCGACAGGUUAGAAAGGCAUGAAAGUUUUGAAAAGUGGAGAAGGUUGAUGGAACAAGGAGGGUUUCACUGCAUUAGGAUUAGUGAGAGGGAAUUGAUUCAGAGUCAGUUGCUGUUGAAGAUGUACUCCGGUGAGAAUUAUAAUGUCAAGAAGCAAGGGCAAGACGGAGAGGGACUUACCCUAGGUUGGCUAGAUCAACCUCUGUUUACUGUGUCAGCAUGGGCACCAGUUGAUGUGGCAGGCACUUCAUCAUCUUUUUCUCAACCAAGUUGAUAGCUGUUCUUUUCUUCACAGAUACCAUCACAAUUCCUUUCCGUUGUUGUUGCAUACAGAGGAAAAAAGAAAAAAAAAAAAGGAAAAAAAGGGAUACAGAAUUCUUUGUAGGUAGGGAAAUCUGUCAUAUUAUUCUUUCAUUCUUUUCUUGCAGAUAAGGUCAGUCAGUCAGUCCUCAUAGUGUCAGAUCCAUUUGUAUGAAUACACUAGGUCAAAAUACUAAUUUCAAUUCUUUGCAGGCCAAGUUCUUAGGAAUUUUUUUUUUUCAGGCACUAGUAUUUGGAGUCAAAUUUGUGUUUAUUCUUUGAUUCUUUCUGUAUUAAGAUGAUAUUCUUUGUAGUAUUGUUAUGUUAUCACCUAGUUGAAAAUUUGAAUGUUAUAUAUGAAAUGGUUUUAUUGA